CCCGCCUGGGUACCGGGCGCUGCCGCCGGGAUUGUCUCCUUGCACCUCAUCCAGAAACUAUUCUUCCCCUACUUCUGGGCUGACCUGAGAUACCUGCUGAAAGUGUUGAUGUAUGGGCUGAGAGUGGAGACGUACCGGCUGCAAGGGAGGGUUGUCACCGUCCUGGACAAGUUCGUGAAGCUGGCUGAGAAGCAGCCCCACAAGCCGUUCCUCAUCUACGAAGGGAAGGUGCACACCUACCGGGAUGUGGACAGAAGGAGUAACAGGAUAGCGCAGGUCUUCCUGCACUGCGGGGCUCUGAAGAAGGGUGACACGGUGGCCUUGCUGAUGGGCAACGAGCCAGACUUCAUCCACGUGUGGUUCGGACUGGCCAAGCUGGGCUGUGUGGUGGCUUUCCUCAACUUCAAUGUCCGCUCCAGAUCUCUCCUGCACUGUGUCAGUAGCUGUGAGCCCAAGAUACUGAUUGUGGGAGCAGAUUUGCUUGGAACACUUGAAGAAAUUCUUCCUAACCUCCAGAAGGACAUUAGUGUUUGGAUAAUGACCAAAGACUCCACUUUUCCAAGUGUGCAUACCCUUUUAGACAAAAUAGAGACUGCAUCUGAAGACCCUGUUCCAGUUAAUCGACGCUCUGCUGAGAACCUCAAGUCAUCUGUUUUAUAUAUAUUUACUUCAGGAACAACAGGUCUUCCAAAGGCCGCAGUCAUCAGUCACAUGCAGGUUCUUAAAGGAGCUGCUGGAAUGUGGGCCUUUGGUGCUACUGCAGAAGACAUCGUUUAUAUUACUCUGCCUCUUUAUCACAGUGCAGCAUCUCUUCUUGGCAUCGGUGGAUGCAUUGAAUUGGGUGCAACCUGUGUGUUAAAAAAGAAGUUCUCAGCUAGUCAGUUUUGGAGUGACUGCAAAAAGUACAAUGUGACUGUCAUCCAGUACAUUGGAGAACUUUGCCGUUACCUUUGCAGCCAGCCAGUGAAGGAAGGAGAAAAAAGUCACAAAGUCCGACUAGCGGUUGGAAAUGGAGUAAGAAAUGAUGUAUGGAGAGAAUUUUUAGACAGAUUUGGUGCUGUUAAGAUCUGUGAGUUUUAUGGUGCUACUGAAGGAAACAUUUGUUUCAUGAACCACACAGGAAAAAUUGGAUCUGUUGGACGCACCAAUUUCUUUUAUAAGCUUUUUUUCCCAUUUGAUUUAAUCAAAUAUGAUUUCCAGAAAGAUGAACCAAUUAGAAAUAAGCAUGGUUGGUGUGAAAAAGUUAAGAAAGGUGAGGCUGGUCUUCUCAUUUCCAAAGUCAAUGCAAAGAACCCGUUCUUUGGUUACGCUGGCAAUAAGAAACACACAGAAAAGAAAUUACUCUGUGAGGUAUUUAAGAAGGGAGAUCUUUUUUUUAAUACUGGAGAUCUAAUGGUUCAAGACCAUGAGAAUUUUCUUUAUUUUUGGGACAGGAUUGGAGAUACCUUCAGAUGGAAAGGGGAGAAUGUUGCAACUACAGAAGUUUCCGAUGUCAUUGUAAUGUUGGACUUCAUACAAGAAGCAAAUGUGUAUGGUGUGUCAGUGCCAG